AUGCCACCAAAGGCUUGUAGCGUGCCCGCUACGACCAUCGAAGUCCUACUCCUUCCAGCACGCUUGGGAGUAAACCCAGUCAAAAAUCUAGCCAGGAUAGCUGGCUACGAGGAUAAAACUGCAGUUUUCUUCUUCAAACUUCUGCGUCCACACUGGCGGCCUUGGUGUGAUGGUCGUUUGUUGCUGAUGGCUACAGCAAUUUUCGUAUCCUGCCAGGGUGACAAAGCAGCCCUAUUCAGGGAUGUACUGCUAUCUCCAACCGGAGAGGGGACUAAAAAAUCUGUCCUAAACAAAGCUAGCCAAUAUGUUGCCGACCUUGUCAGCCUACUGCGGCUGACUGGGUAUCCUACUAUGCGGUCAAAAAAAAAGAAAAAUUUUAAAUUUAGCUUCAUGGAACGUCCGGACAAUGUUGGAUCUUGGGAGUUGUUUGUCUUGGGUGAUUUUAACGCCCGUGUGGGUAAAGACCACAUCUUGUGGCCAAAAGUGCUUGGACGAAAUGGAGUUGGUAGGGAAAAUUCAAAUGGAACCAUGCUCCUCGAAUUUUGUACAGAGCACAAUCUUGUGGUGACAAAUACAGUCUUCCAACAGGCUGACAGGAAGAAGACUAGCUGGAAACAUCCACGUUCAGGACACUGGCAUCUCAUCGACUACAUACUUAUCAGACGACGCGAUCUUCGUCUCGCUCGUCUAACUAAAGCGGUGCAAGCAUCAACAAUGUGGUCAGAUCAUCGCCUCAUCAAGAUGUCGGUGUUUCUUACUGUUAAGCCAGCGCGCAUUGCAGCUCUAGUAGGAAAAAGAGGACGGCGUAAGCAGGUAGCCCGGCAUGGUAACAGCACAGGGGUUUGGGUUUGCGGAACCUGUGGUCGUCGAUGUUCAUCAAGAAUAGGCUUGUUCUCGCAUCAAAGGACUCAUCAAUGA